UCCGCGGAGACGAGCGAUGAAGCGACAUAAGGAGGUGGGAGGGAUGCCCUGGUGUGACAGUCCCGGCGGCAGAGAGGAGAGGGGAGUCCCGCGGCCCACGGACGCAGAGCCCGCCGCCCGCAUGGACCGCUGCCAGGACGGCAGAGUCGAGCGCUUCCUCAAGCUGGGCUACUCUCACGCCGACAUCCUGCGCGUGCUGGAGAGCCUCCGCCACGACGCCCAGACCAACGACAUACUGGAGGAGCUCAUCAAGACCUGCCAGGGCCGCGCCGUCAGCCCGGCCGCCUCCAGCAGCCCCAAGCUGGUGCCCCGGGGCUGCGGCCUCACUCAGCCGGGCCCCGGCCCGAACCACGCCGCCCCCAGACCCACCGCCGCCGCAGACACGGAUCCGGGCUUCAGACCCGUGGUCAUUGAUGGGAGCAACGUGGCCAUCAGCCAUGGUGGCAAGAAGGUGUUUUCAUGCCGAGGCCUCCAGCUGGCGGUGAAGUGGUUCUGGGACAAAGGCCUGCACAACAUCACCGUUUUUGUCCCUCUGUGGAGGAAGGAGCAGCCACGGCCUGAGACCCCCAUGUCAGAUCAACACAUCCUCCACGAGCUGGAGAGGAGGAACAUCCUGGUGUACACACCGUCCUCCUGCAUCAACGGCAAGCGGGUGGUGUGCUACGACGACCGCUACAUCAUCAGGCUCGCCUUCGAGUUGGACGGCAUCAUCGUGUCGAACGACAACUACCGAGACCUGCAGACGGAGAACCCCCAGUGGAAGAAGUUCAUAGAGGAGAGGCUGCUCAUGUACACCUUCGCCAAAGACAAAUUUAUGCCACCAGAUGACCCUUUGGGGAGGAACGGCCCGACCAUUGAUGAUUUUCUGAGGAAAAAACCUUGGACCCCGGAGAACAAGCAGCAGCACUGCCCUUACGGAAAGAAGUGCACGUACGGAGUGAAGUGUAAGUUCUACCAUCCAGAGCGGGCCCACCAGUCCCAGCUGUCUGUGGCGGAUGAGCUGAGAGCCAUGAGCCGACCCACCACUGACAGAGCCAAGCCCGGUGCCCCAACACUGACCACGGCUCUGAGUCACGGGGUCGGUCAGGAUGGCCGGCCAGCCCCCACGCUGUUCCAGGAAGCGGAUCACGUCGUCGUUCUACCAAGCAAGUACAUCUCACCCGUGCCGACAUGUCUUUCUAAAGAUGAGCAAGUCCACAGGGCCUCUCCUACUGAGCAGUUCAGCUACAGCCCGGCCCUCCCACGCAGGAUGGCGCCCCCUGUCUCCCAGAGCCCAGACGAGGACGAGGCUUUCAGUUCCAUGGACAGCUACAUGUGCAAGAUGAAACUCCAGGACGGCACCCUGAACACAGAUAGGCACUCCUACGCCUACAGCAGUGGGAUGGGCAGCUGCGGCCUGGCCAACGAGGACUACUUCUCGUCUUACGGCAGUAGAGGGAGGUGUGACCCGGCCGGGUGUCAACAGAGAAGGUAUUACAUCCCGCAUAGACCCUCCCACAACACCAGCGACUUCUACGACGCCUGGGAACUUGGUGGGUGCGGUCAGUGUCGGCAUGGCCACCAGCACCCCUACGCACACGGGCUGCACCACCAGCAACAGGCUGGGAACUCGUGUCCGGUGCUGCCCCUCAACGAUUGUAAUAGGACAGAAGCAUUCCAGCAUUUCCCAGAUCAGCAGGGUCUCCGGUGCCCGCCGCUCAACAGAGAGUGCCGCAGCCUGCCCGAGAAUCAGUGGGGACCGUACGGCCUCCCCAGUGGGCCGAAGACACCUGUCAGCGAGGACAGGAGGAACCUGAAGAGCCAGCUCGGCACGCUGUUCCCUCAGAGCAUGGUGGAGCAUGUCAUGAGCAUGUACCCACACAUCUCAGACGUGUCUAAACUCAUGUCUCUCAUUCAGACAUACAGAUCCAAUCACGGCUCCUUCUCGUGAGACGUACUGGAUUUGGUAAGAGACAGGACUCCAAAUCAUAGACAGUACCGUUUGUACCACAAGCACAUUCCGACAGUCCUCUUUUGGCCGGUAGGGACAGUUAUGCAAUGACUGGACUUCCGUGAUUACGAAUCACAUUGUGGCAAAACUACUGAUAUUGCGCUUGUCUGAAUGUAGUCUGGGUUUCAUAUCGAAAUGCGCUAGCCUAUUUUUUUAUCUUCUCAUGUCAGCAUUAACCAAAGCGGACCCUCACCUGGGGAAGCUCCUUUGGAAUGUAGCAGACUGACAUGUAUGUCUCAAGAUAUUCUACUGUUAUAGUGCAAUGCACUACCCUGGCUACGUGCUAGUAUUUUUUUAGCAUUGACAAACAGUUUAUCAGAGCAGCACGUGUUGUUUUCCCGUGCUGCCUCAAAGUGGUGAACGCUAUCCCGUACUUCUGUUAAGAAUGGGUAUUUAAAAUCAUUCGUUUGAUGAUGAGUGUAAAAUAAAAUAAAAAGUAAUGCC